GAACAGAAUUGGAGGGCAGCGGAAGGACCUAUAAAUUUGGGCGUUGGCGAUGGAUGGACGAUCGUGGUGAAGCGUCUCCGUGAAUGUUCUCUGCUAUUAAUUUGAUCUGAAGAAGAAUCGACAUAGGGAUCUUUCUGAUCCUCGUUUUUCCAUAUACUUUCCUCUUCUUGCUGUUAUUGAAUCCUUUCUUUGCUUUGUGUUGUUCAUCAAUGGCGUUCAACAAAACCCUAGCUCAUCGUCUCUUUAACAUAUCCCAAAUCUCCUCACAAUCCCUCACCAAAUGCCGGAUUUCGUCCUCGUCGCCUGGGGCUCGUGUUCCUCCCACUACCAGUACUGCCAACAUUGCUCAUGAUCCCGGAGAUAAUGCAGUUUUUCGUCGCUUUCUUCACAAGAGAGCGGUUUCUCAGCCGGCAAUCUCGCCGGAGCUCCGGGAAUUGGCGGCCGCGGGGAACAUGGUGGAGAAGUUCAAAUCUCUAGGGAUUGCUCCUGAUCGUAUCCGCCUCGAUUGCCUUCGUCCUCCUGCAUGCGGUUCGCUGGCUUUGGAUUCGGAUAGGUGUAAUGUGAAAAAUGGUUUGACGGUUGAGGAUGCGAGAAAGUUGCUCAAGGUAGCGCGGAUCGAGAUGGUGAAGUGGAAGCUGAGAGAAAUUCAGAAAUCAUGGGUUCCCUACUCAGAAUUCGUUAGGGUUUGUUGUCAGGGAUGUGAUGAUCCCGUUCAGGGUCUUGAAAUUGCUCGAAUGCUUGAUGAAUCAGGGACUGUGAUUGUCUUAGGGAACGUGGUGUACCUCUGGCCUGAACAGGUAGCUAAAGCCAUUGAAGGCCUGAUUCCCUUACCAGCAGUUAUUCCAAAUGGUGCUAGAAGGAAAGAGCUGGAAGAAAUGGAGAUGCAGAAAGCUGCAAUCGACGAAAAAGCCAAAACGUUUGUACGACGGGAGCUCUGGUGUGGAUUGGGGUUCCUGGUUGCUCAAACGGCUGCAUUCAUGAGGCUCACCUUCUGGGAGCUCACAUGGGAUGUGAUGGAGCCAAUUUGCUUCUAUGUCACCUCAGCUUACUUCAUUGCUGGCUAUACAUUCUUCCUCAAGACCUCGAGGGAGCCUUCAUUCCAAGGCUUCUUCCAAAGCCGGUUUAGGUCGAAGCAGAAACGCCUGAUGGAGGUUCAGAAUUUUGAUAUCGCUCGUUACAGCGAACUCCGAAGAGCUUGCUUUCCGAAUUCCUCAGCUCAAGGGUUUCCCUCUUCAGAGUGUAUGAAGAUGUAUGAUAAUUCAGGAAAAAUGAAGUUGGAAUCUUUACAGAUUUAAAAUAAAAGAGUUACUUACCUCAGUACCUUUGAUCAUCAGGUGCGGCGGCUAUGUGUAAACAAGAGUACAUAGAAUUGUGGCCUCUUCUCUUCUAACAGAAACGUAAUCCUUUUUGCUUGACAUAAAUUUGCAGUCAUUUUUGUUCAUGAAUC